GGUGACAAUAUGGUUAUUCUGGCAGCUGGUCUGACAUUUAUUCAUUAAAAGUCCAAUAAUUUUCGGUAACAGUUAAAAUAUACGUGUUUUCGUAGAGAAUUGAAAGAAAAAUUUAACGAUCGACAUGACUUUGUACAAAUUCAAUGAACGCGCUUACGCCAAAAUGAUUUUUCAUGCUGCCAAAUAUCCCCACCUGGCCGUAAAUGGUAUAUUAUUGGCCUCGAAGACCGAAGGCGAAAUUGUCGAUGCUAUACCCCUCUUUCAUCAAUGUUUGUAUGUCACCCCGUAUGUGGAAAUAGCCCUCAUGCAGAUCGAUUCAUAUGCUGACCGUGAGAACUUGUUUGUGGCUGGCUAUUACUGUGCUGCGGAAAAUUUCUACGAUAAUACCCUUGAUAAGGCACCUGCCGCUAAGAUAGCUGAGAAAAUUCAAGAGAAUCAUAAAAGUGCCUGCUUUGUUUUGAUUGAUAAUAAGCUUAUGACUUUGGGUCAAGAGGUGGCACCUCUAAAGGUGUUCGCUUGCAGCUCAGAACCUGGUCGUUGGACUAAAGCAGAUUUUAAACUGGUGCAGUCGGAGGCUACUCUGGAGGCUGUGUCGGCUCUAUUGAAACGUGGAGCCAUGAAAGAUGUUAUAGACUUUGAUAAUCAUUUGGAUAAUCCGGAAAAUGAUUGGACAAAUAAGUUUUUAAACCGUGACUUGAAGCAGAUAAUGGCCAUGUAUUGAGUGAGGUUUAGAUUGAACUGCGCUUAAAUCGAUAAGUUUUAUACUCCUCCACUAUCUAUUUGAUUUUCUUUCUAGCUGUAAGGGUGCAAUUUUAUAGAAUAAAUUUUCAAGUGACAUAUAUGUAUUUAUGGACAAGAGUUAAAAGCGGUA